UCUCUUGUAGAAACAUGCACUUUUACUCACUCCUGAGUUCUUUAAUUCUCUUUGUGUUACUCCUCUGUAUCUCAGAUUCUGAGAGCCUGAAAACACUGAAGAAUUUAGCUGUAAGACGUGAAGGAUCUCUCACUAUUCCAUGUUUUUAUGAUGAGAAAUACAAAUCAAACCAUAAAUACUGGUGUGAAGGGCAGGACUGGCUCCUGUGUAAAAUAGUAGCCUAUACAAACACAAGUGGAAGAACAUCAGUCACUGACCAUCCAACCCAGAAUAUGUUUACUGUGGAACUGAAGAGCCUCCAAGACUCUGACUCUGGAUAUUAUUGGUGUGCUCUGGAAAUUAGUGGCGGAUCAGAUGAAGGUGAUUAUGUGUACCUGAUGGUCAUUUCAGAUCCUGCUGUGUCUGUGAUAAACAGCAGAGUGAGUGGUCAGGAAGGGGGCAGUGUCAGUGUCCAGUGUCUCUACAGUGCUGAAUAUAAGAAUAAACAGAAGAAGUGGUGCAGAUUUAAAGACAAGAGGUGUUUCUUAGGGGGGAGGACUGACACAUCCCAGAAUACAGCAGUGCUGGUCACUGACUAUGGAAAAGGAUCUGUCAGUGUGGAGAUGAGUGGUCUGCAGAAGAGUGAUGCUGGCUGGUACUGGUUCAGUGCAGGAGAUGUGGGGGUUACUGUUCACCUAGAAAUACUGUUCAUACCUGCUGAUCAUCAAGCUGUCAUGUUGUUCCACUCACACCACUUUGUUUCUUCUCUCUUCUUCUCUCAUGUUAGAAACAGCUGUGGCUACAACUUUAAGCAGUCAGGAAACUCAAGAAAGUAUGACCACUCCAGCAGCAACAGCAGCUGUGAGUCCAGUUUCUGCCACUGAGAAAACCAACAUCAAUGAAACCACUUCAGGUUCUGAAACUAUGACCAAAAAUCCAGAGACAACAACAGCAGAGCUAACAACUGCCCCUCCUGCAGUAACAGCUUCUGAAAAAGAAAAUGACACAAGCAAGAGUGGAAAGAUACAAUAUAAGCCUGGGGCUUCUGCUGAUUUUGACCAUCAUUAUAACCUGUAUGUUGGCAAAAAAAUGCAAUGGAAAUCAAACAGAGAGCAGAGGGAGGGUCAGUAACACUGCAGUUCACACAACACUUACGACUGAAAGCCCAGUGAUUUACAGUGCUGUGAAUCGUAGUAAGAAAAAGUCUUCAUCUGCAUUGGAUCAUGAAAAUGACGUCAUCUACAGCAGCGUAACCACAACAACCAAAAAGAAAACUCUCUCUCAGGCAGUCAGAGAAGAUGAGGUGAUCUACAGCUCUGUGGUUUUGGAAUAAGAG